AUGACUUCACUGGGAGUAUGGCAGCUAAAAUCCGUCCUUCUGCGUUACAGCGAAACUGGACACAGCAGCCGUGGCCUCAGAUUUUACAUGCGCCAUCUCCUGGAGACGUUCAAGUGGCGUCACCCUCACGUUGACGUCAAGACGCAACAUGAACAAUAUGAACUGCCUUCUGCCUUGUUCAGCUACCUGGAUGGCUCCAAGUAUGACAUAAGCCUUAAGGACCUUGAGGCCAGGCAUAUUGAAGAAAUAAUGACACUGCAUAGCAAUUCUGCCGGUGGAAUGGAGUACAUGAAACAUGGGCAAGCAAAAGUAUGGACGACGAACAGAUCUAUUCAGGGACUCUGGAAGCCAACUCACGAGUCUCAAGCUGUGGCCUUAGCGUGGUUCAAAUCUAAGGAUUCAUUGUGCACACGAAGGAAGAUAACUACCAGAUCACUCCCCAAGUAUUCGUCGAAGUCGCUAAAUUUAAAUUGCGAAGCUGUCAAGGGGAACGGUCGGUGGGGAGACGAAACCAUAUUCCCACGAGGAUUUGACCAGCAAUAUCUUAAAGAUAUAUUCACGAUGCCACUGAUCAAUCCGGAGGCACUGAAACGGCAAGCGGAGAAUCAGAAGGACGAAACCAAGGCAUGA